UCAAUGGAUUAAAGAUUAACCCCAGAUUGUACCCCAUGCGGACACGUGCAGACAAGUACGUGUAUUCACGUGGUAUAUUUCUAACUUGUACCUCCGGGGAUGCCUAUGCACAUGAUUACUAUAUGGCUGUAUGAAUGACUGUUUAUUAGCUAGUUUGUAUGUAUACAGGUAUUUAUAUGGGUAAUUAUGGUUGUGCAACUAUAAAUGUACAUAUAUAGAUGCAUGUGUCUGUUUUUUGUCGUGUUUGUGUUUGUCGGCUUGUGCUUUUGGGCGUAUCUGUGGAAAUCUGUGUGCAACUCUGUGUGCGCGUGAAUGUGUAAGUCGGUAAUUGUAUGUGUAGAAGUGUGUGUGUAUGUGAAUUGCACAUGCAUGUUUUUCAUUGUAUAUUUGUUUUGUCUACUGUGUGUUAGCCAGCCAGCCAGCCAGCCAUGACGCUUGUCCUCACUGUGCUUGUGUAGGUGCGUGGGUGUAAGAAAGAGAUCGAUAUGACACUUGUCCCCAAUGUACUUGCGUGUGUGUGCAUGCGUGCGUGAGUGAGUGAGUGAGAGAGCUAGAGUGACAGAGCUGGUUCACCAAUGAAGACUCAGAUUGGGGAGGAAUCUGAGUCUGGCUCCAAUGAAUCAGCCAUGGAGUAUUACUCAGAUGUGGAUUAUGACUGUGUCCUGCUGGUGGAUAUUUCUUUGGACUCAGAUGAGCCCCUCACAGAAUACGCCAGGCGACAGUGGGACUACAAGGAUCCCAGAAUUCCUUUCGUUUGGUCUGGCAUCACUGCUUCGAGGGGACACCGGAUGUGCACACACACCUUGACAGAGAUGUUCAACAGCUUAUUCCCAGAGGAGUUGUUCCGGGCAAUUGAGGACGAGACAAAUCGCUACAGGUACGCACUCAUCCAAUGAUCCAGAGGCAAGGUAUACAGCGGCCUUCAAUAUCUACAUGUGCCAAGAUUGCAGCGAGUUUCUGGCGAACUGAUGGAGAAGGCAAAGCUUCUCGACAAGGGGUAUCAGUUGUACACAGACAACUGGUAUUCCUCCCUGACUCCUUUCCACUAUUUACAGAUGUGUCUUCUGAAGC